UCCAUCCAUGGCUUUCUCAAAAAAUAACCACUUCAAGUUUGUGCUUCUCAUAUUCCUAUAUAGCCUAAAAAAAUCUUCAUCUUUUGGUAACCAUUCGUCCAUCGAUGGACUUUUGCUGUUUGCGCCUAAACAUGUCACCAUCUUUAACACAUUGGCCACACGUGCAAAACUGGUCGUACAUUGCAUGAAUAAAAAGAAAGAUUUAGGGAUAAAAGAGCUUCCAAUUGGAGCUAGUUUUGAUUUCAGGUUUCGUGUCAAUUUUCGUAAAACGAUAACGUAUAAUUGCAGUUUCGAAUGGCCCGAGAGAGAAGAGACAUUUGAUAUCUUUAGAGCAGAUAGAGAUGACAAUGAAACAAGUCCAUACGGAGUAUGUAGAGAGUGUAUUUGGUACAUUUUUGAAUCAGCCCCUUGUCGUGGUAAACGUGACGGAGGCCGUUCUAUAUGCUUUUCAUGGGAUUGAUGGAGGUUCUUUUAUAUAUUUUUAUGAUUUUGAGGCCUUUUUGGAGGAUGGCUAGUAAGACCUACAACCCUAUUUCCGUGUAAUAUCACUCUUGACUGUUACUACAAAACAUGGAUAAUGAAAUGAAUCAGAAAGGUAAAGGACCUAACCUGAGGUUAAGAUUGAAUUGUGAGCUUCAUCCGUAAAUUCUGUUACCAUCUUCUCCGUCCUCUAACAUUUGCUUUAUGUGGUUCUAGAGGCGAUGCCUAAGGGUUUGGUGAUCAGGAUUAUGAAGAGGAAUUAUUCAUCACAGGUUCACAUCUUCGCUCCCCUCUAAUGACAAUACUGUCAUCUUCUUUCCUCCAUAUUUCGCAUUGGAAGAGUCUUGAGACUCCUAGUCUGGCUUAUGGAGAAGAAUCUAUCUUUUGUCCCAAACCAACUAUUUUUACUCUGCAAAAGCCAACUUUUCAUGCAUAGUCAAAAACAACAACGAGAAGAUCUAUUA